GGACUCGCGAGCUCCGUGGCGGCCCUGAAAGGAUACAGGCCGUGGAGGGAAGGGGGCGGGCAGACGGCAUAGGAAGGCGCCGGAAGUGGUCUCGCAGAGGCGGGGUGGGAGUGGGACUGCCGAGGCAGUGCAUUUGGCUGUAGCUGGGCGCCUCGGUUAGGUGUGCUGUCAGUCCUUCCCGAGUGCCUGGCCCCAGCCUCUCCCGCCUCGGCCCAACAUGGACUUCAGAGAAAUUCUCCUGAUAGCUUCCAAGGGACAAGGUGUCAACAAUGUGCCGAAAAGGUAUAGUUUGGCAGUGGGGCCUCCAAAAAAAGACCCAAAAGUUAAAGGUGUCCAAUCAGCAGCUGUACAAGCUUUUCUUAAAAGGAAAGAAGAGGAACUCAGACAAAAAGCCUUAGAGGAGAAAAGGAGAAAAGAAGAACUAGUGAAAAGGCGAAUUGAGCUCAAACAUGACAAGAAAGCAAGAGCUAUGGCCAAGAGGACAAAGGAUAAUUUCCAUGGUUACGAUGGGAUCCCUAUUGAGGAAAAGUCAAAGAAGAGGCAGACAACGGAAAGCCAUACCAGCCAAGGAACCGACCGAGAGUAUGAAAUGGAAGAAGAGAAUGAAUUCCUUGAAUACAAUCAUGCAGAGUCAGAGCAGGAGUAUGAGGAAGAGCAAGAACCUCCCAAAGUUGAAAGCAAACCAAAGGUCUCCCUUAAAAGUGCCCCACCACCCAUGAACUUCACUGAUUUACUCAGACUGGCUGAGAAAAAGCAGUUUGAACCAGUGGAAAUCAAGGUAGUGAAGAAAUCAGAAGAACGACCUAUGACUGCAGAAGAACUUAGGGAGCGAGAAUUCCUUGAACGAAAGCGUAGGAGAAAAAAACUUGAGACAGAUGCUAAACUACCUCCAACUGUGUCCAAAAAGACACCCUCUCAGAAAGAAAGUGUGGGCACAAAACUUAGCAAAGUUUCUGGAGACAGGCAUCCCUUUUCCAAAGGAAUGCCCCUUCCUCAUGCUGAGAAGAAAUCAAGACCCAGCAUGGCCAAUGAGAAGCACUUAGCUUUGUCUUCAUCCAAAUCCAUGCCAGGAGAGAGGAUCAAGGCAGGAUCUGGCAGUAGCUCCCAACCCUUACUUCGUGAGGGUCAUGACAGACCUGUUUUCAAUGGAGCUGGAAAGCCUCAUUCCAGCAUCUGUUCACCAAGUAUCCCAAAGACUUCUGCUAGCAGGACUCAGAAAUCUGCUGUGGAGCACAAAGCCAAAAAAUCUCCGUCCCUUCCUAGCCAUUCCAGGCCUGGGCCCAUGGUCACCCCACACAAUAAGGCUAAGAGUCCAGGUGUCAAGCAGCCAGGCAGCAGCUCUAGCUCAGCCCCUGGGCAGCCCAGCACAGGAGUUACUCGGCCCACAGUUAGUUCUGGCCCUGUGCCCAGGCGCCAGAAUGGCAGCUCCAGCUCAGGACCUGAGCGAUCAAUCAGUGGGUCCAAGAAGCCAACCAAUGGCUCACAUCCCUCUGGGCGGACAGUCACUGGUACAUGUGGCCGUGGACAACCUGCAAGCAGCUCAGGUGGCCCUGGGCAACCUAUCAGUGGUUCAGGUAGUUCUGCAAGACCAUUGGGCAGCUCUCGUGGCCCUGGGCGGCCUAUGAGCAGUCCACAUGAACUUCGACGACCAGUGAGUGGCUCAGGCCCCCCUGGGCGGUCAGUCAGUGGCCUGGGGAGAUCCAUAAGUAGCUCAAUUCCAGUUGGACGGACUGUCAGUAGUUCAGUCCCAGGAAGACCAGUGAGUAGCUUGGGACCUGGGCGAACAGUUAGUAGCUCAGGUCCCACCAUAAAGCCUAAGUGUACUGUUGUCUCAGAAACAAUUUCCUCCAAGAAUAUCAUUAGCCGGUCCAGCAAUGGACAGAUGAAUGGAAUGAAGCCUCCCCUAUCUGGCUACAGAUCUGCCCAAGGUCCUCAAAGGCUUCCCUUCCCUACUGGUUACAAAAGGCAGCGAGACUAUGAAGAGGAAGAUGAUGACGAUGAUGAAUAUGACUCUGAAAUGGAAGAUUUUAUCGAAGAUGAAGGAGAGCCUCAGGAAGAAAUAUCCAAGCACAUUAGAGAAAUCUUUGGUUAUGACCGAAAAAAAUACAAAGAUGAAAGUGAUUAUGCCUUACGUUACAUGGAAAGUAGUUGGAAAGAGCAGCAGAAGGAAGAAGCAAAGAGGUAAACAUAAAAUUUAACACACUUGUGCUAAAAAUUUCCUUCUGCUUAUUGCUACAGUUGCACCAUUGGGAACUGGGGCUUUGGGCCACAGAAUUCUGGAUUCCUCCCCUGUUACUAGCUGUAGAGCCUUAAG